CUCUUAUUUUUUCCAGGCCACAGUGCGGCAGGCGGACCGCAGGGAGAGGGAGAGAUUUUAGGAAAGACAGUAACAAAAGUUAAAGAAGAGGAGAAAUCAUGACACAAAACAGUGAUCUCAUCGAUGGCCUCUUUUCGCCACUGCACUUGACAUCCCUCAUCAUGGCGCUCGUGUCACCAACAAAUUAUUGAUUUAAGUCGUCUAUACCAACUUGAGGAUAUAAUGCCGGGAAAAGGAUGAGAACUACCGCAGUCGCCUGGAAUUUCUUGUUGGAUUUUAAGUCCGGCGCUCGGGGAUGCAGUUGGAAUUGUUUUUCGUGUGUAUAAUCAAUAUAUGAGAGGAGGAUUACUGGACUACACGAGAGCUUGGGCCGAUCCGUUAUAUUUCACAUCUCAUUAAAGCAUGGGAAUGUCGUCCACCGCUCUGAUCGCAUAGUCACUCCCGCGGGACGCGAUGCAGCCGCGCGCAGAUGUCAAGAUGGGUGAUGCCGCAGAGAUCAAGGAGAGCAAGAGGACGUUCAUCGUGCCGACGAUCAAAUCUGUUGAUCACUAUGAUUUCACCAGGGCCAAGAUAUCGUGCAGUUUGACGUGGCUCAUCGCCAAAGCCUUCGGGUCUGACUGUGUGCCUGUGGAGUUGGAGGAUCCAUUCUACCGAGACCAGUAUGAUCAGGAGCAUGUGAAGCCGCCUGUUGUGUCUCUGCUGCUUUCUGCUGAGUUGUAUUGCCGUGCUGGGAGUCUGAUCCUCAGGAGCGACGCGGCUAGACCUCUGCUGGGGCACAACGCCAUCAUCCAGGCCCUCGCUCAGAAGGGCCUCUACGUCACUGACCAGGAGAGACUUGUGACUGAGAGAGACCUCUGCAAGACCCCCAUACAGAUGACUUCUCACCUGGCACUGAUUGACACUCUGAUGAUGGCGUACACAGUUGAAAUGGUCAGUGUGGAGAGAGUGCUGACCUGCAUACAGAAGUUUACCCCUUUCCUUCCUGAGGAAGACUUCCCUUAUGAUGCUGAAGAGGCCGUGACAACAUGGAUCAACAAGGUAAAUGAACAUCUUAGAGACCUUUUGGCCCAAGAACAAAGAGUUCGAGAUAUAGGAGAACCCUGCCCUGUUCAAAAGGGACGGUACAGGAGAGAGGACUAUAAAGCACGUCAGGUUAUUUGUCUCCCCCUGGUGGACAAUCUCUUGAAGGACAACACAGACGGCUGCUCACUGGCUGCACUGCUGCACUUCUACUGUCCUGAUGCUGUGCCACUGGAAGACAUCUGUGUCAAAGAAACAAUGUCAUUGGCUGACAGUCUGUACAAUCUCCAGCUGAUCCAGGAGUUCUGCAGAGAAAACCUCAACAACUGCUGUCACUUCACCCUGGAGGAUAUGCUGUAUGCCUCCAGCACCAUCAAGAGUAACUACCUUGUGUUUAUGGCAGAGCUAUUCUGGUGGUGUGAAGUUGUGAAACCCUCUUUUGUUCAGCCCCGCACACUCAGUACCAAAGUAUCUGACCCAUCCCAGCCCAAUAAAAUGGCUCCCAUAACCAAACAAAACCUGAUCCACAGACCAGGCAGUCCAGACCAGUCUAGGUCACAACCUAAAAAUGACAACUCGGUUAUCAGGCGGUCGUCCUCCUUGUCGUAUGUUGAUGGAUGUGUGGGGACAUGGCCUAAAGAGAAACGGUCUUCAGCUCAUGGCAUAUCAUUUGAGAUUCCACUUGAUGACAGCAUGAGUUCAUCUUCAGGACGUGGACUAGGCCGAUCGGCGAGCACUGAAGGUUUGGGUUUUAAAGUUCACCACGCGGCCCAAGGCAUGCGGAGGAACCUCUCCUUCCAGCCUGUUAAUGGGAACGCCCACAGCAAAAUUCAUGAGGAGGAUGGUGAGGAAUCCAAGAGACACAUCAGCAGACACCGUCUGGGAAACUACACUGGGUAUUCAAAUGGUGAAUCAGCAGACAACCCAAGCCCUCCGUAUGACCCUCAGCCCAACACCCCUAGUAUAGAAGAAGCCCUGAAGAUCAUCCAUGACUCUGAGCGACCACACAGCAGCUUGCAGCCCCCUUCUGGAGACAGCACUUUUUUCCUGCACAGCCCAUCUUCCCACAACUCCGCAUCUGAUCCAAAUGAUCCAGAGGACUCGCUUUCCAAGGCCAGAGCAGAUGAAGCAGACCUAAAUUCCACUUCUACUGACAUGGACACUGGAAUCCAUGUCCGUACCGAAGACAUCCAAGACGGACAGGAUGAGGAUUCAUCCCUGAAGGACUAUUCGGACAUGGACCAGGACUUCGAAGCUCGUUCCUGUCCACUUCCGGAGAUUUCCGGCAUCCCAUGUCCAAACCUUUUGGAAACGCGCUCCCUGGCCACUAGCAUGGCCUCCUCGUUGGGUUCUGUUGUUCGCAUGACCAGCUUUGCCGAACAGAAGUUUCGUAAACUAAGCCAGGGCGAUGGCCGCAGCAGUGGGAGUGGCGGUAACACGCCGGAGAGCGGCGACCUGAACAUCACAACCCCAGGAGCAUCUGGGACAGUUCGUUCGAUUACUCCUGACGCAAACAGCCCCUCUCACAUCACCUCCCCUCGUGAUACCUCACACCUGUUGGCGUCGGAGAUGGUGCAGUUGAAGAUGAAGCUGGAAGAGAAACGCAGAGCCAUUGAGGCACACAAGAAGAAAGUCGAAGCAGCUUUCACACGUCACAGGCAGCGCAUGGGCAGGACCGCCUUCCUCAAUGUGGUCAGGCGUAAAGGAGUUGUGUCCCCACUAGGGGAUGAAAGUGAAGGCCCAGAUGGUCGGGAAAAACAAACCAGUGACCUGCAACCUCUAAAGCCUUCGAAUGACUCCGAUCCCACACUUGAGAGAUGUCGACCUGACGGUGCACCGCCGAAAUCGCCCUUAGAGGAAGCAGCCGCGGAGGUGGACCUGGCGGAGUAUACGCGAUCCAUCGAGCGCCUGAACGUGUCUCUGAGCUUCCUACAGUCAGAGAUGCAGCGCUUGGCACAGCAGCAGGAACACAUCAUGCAAAUGCGUGAUCACCAAAGUUGGGUGAUUUCGCCACCAGAGCCAUCGCCACGUAAACAGAUGCGUGAUCUGCGCAGCAGCAGCUUAGUUGGCCGAGGUUCGGUGGGGUCACUCUCCCCCAUUUUGUCGUCCACCGGUUCGCCACGCACAACGCACCGUUCGCCCUCUAUGAUCAAAAGGAAGUCUGCGUCUUUCCACGCAAGGACGCCACGAACGCCAAGGCCCAACGACCUGAAGGUCACCUCUUUUAGCCGUAUGCUCAACACUCAGCAGUCAGUGGACAGCCUGCCUCGACUUAGACGUUUUUGGCAGAGUGAAGCGCAGUCCAGCCCAUUUGCCUAUAUGGGAGAUGAUGAGAAAGAGUCCAAAGAUGCAGCUGAUAAUUCGCCUGCUCAAGUGAAUGAAAAACAGAGAGAAGAAAAACAGGAUGUUGGAGAGAGUAACCGAUUCAUGAAUGCACCAACAUCUUCUGAAGUUCUGUCUCAGCCAACAAUGGACCAUUUGACACUAACAGCUAGUGGACACACAAAUGAAGAGGAGUUGCAUGAGAAGAAGAGUCUGAUCGAGGUUCCUCUUUCUGUUCUGAAGCCUCUGGAUGGACAUGAUCUAGAGAGCAGCAAAGAAACAGAGACAGGACUAGAAUCUAGACCAGACCAGAAGAUGUGCUGUGGCUUCUUCUAUAAGGAUGACCUGAACGCAGAGGAGGAUAUUGCACAGAAGAAGGCAGCUCUGAUGGAAAAAAGGCUACGGAGGGAAAAGGAGAUGCAGAUCAAGAAACAGCAACAGGAGGCCGAGAUGGAACUAAAGAAAGAAGCAGCACGAUUGAAAGCGGAAGAGGAACGUGAGAAGAACGAGGAUGAGAAGUCAAGACGGGAUUAUAUAAAAAAUGAAUGUUUGAGGAAGAAGCAGCUCAAACUGAUGGAUGACAUGGACAGUGUUAUUAAGCCACGCCCCCCUAGUGUCAAGCAGAAGAAGCCACGCCCCAAAUCUAUGCACAGAGACAUCAUGGAGUCUCCAAAACCUCCAGCACGGACAACCACAGGGUCAAGACCUCGUGGGUAUUCUGUGUCCAGCUUAUCACUCGCCUCCCUGAAUUUGGCAGACACUGAGAGUGUCCAAUCAGAUAAGAGGACAUCCAGAGGCAGCAGACUGUCUCCUGGCAGUCUGUGUUUCUUUCUGAGCUCCCCUAAAGGGAGAAAGGGAAGGCCAGAGUCCUCAGAGGGCUUUCUGUCACCGUGUCCAUCUGUAAGUGGAAACGGGGAGAACUGGGAGCUUGAAUCAACAACAUCGUCUGCAGCAUCUAACGCAGAAUACACAGGGCCAAAGUUGUACAAGGAGCCCAGUGCUAAAUCAAAUAAACACAUCAUCCAGAACGCACUGGCUCACUGCUGCCUCGCCGGCCGCGUCAAUGAGGGACAGAAGAACAAAAUCCUGGAGGAAAUGGAGAAAACCGAAGCCAACAACUUCCUGAUUCUGUUCAGAGACUCUGGCUGCCAGUUUCGCUCUCUAUACACGUAUUAUCCAGAGGUGGAGGAGAUCAACAAGCUGGCUGGCAUCGGGCCCAAGACCAUCACACUCAAAAUGAUCGAGAACCUCUACAAAUACAGCUCGGAUAAGAAACAGUUCAGCAAAAUCCCCGCUAAGACCAUGUCAGCUAGUGUGGACGCCAUCACCAUCUACAGCCACCUCUGGCAGAUCAAGAAACAAAACACACCCAAAAAACUCCUCAAAUAAGUUGACAGCUCACUGACAGAUCUCUGAAACUGAGUGUUUCUGCCUGUCGGACAUUAUGAUACACAUCCUGAAUGUAUAUAUCUUUUUCGCAGGCUUUGGAUGUUCAUUUUUCAACAGUACACAUACACACUUUGUUUGCAGCACUGACGAAUGCGCUUUUAAGCCGUUUUUAUUUCAGACAUGUUCAAUUUCGUGGCCUUAUGCUUGUCUUGUUGUGUCUUUUAUGCAAUGCCUAACGCACACUUACUGAGUUUAUGAGGAAGUCACUGCAUUAUAUGAAAAUACACAAUCUGCUUUUUAUGUUUGUGGAAAUUGAGGUGUAAAAGAUUAUAUUAGGGACAUACUACACUUGAAGACUAACGUUACAAAUGGCCAUGCAGUUGAAGAAGCAUUUAGUGUACUGGGACCUCAGAAUUUCUUGCUUUAUUUUAUGUCUCUUGUUUUUAUAUUUUGAAUAGGAUUCGUAAUUCUUGUUGCACGUCUGCUACUCCAGGAACAUGUGUAAAAUUAGCUACAGUAAGAGUUGUUCGCUCAAGGGUUGCUUGGCUUGGGUUACUCUGUACUGUAUGUGGUGUAAAAGUAAUGAUGGGGCCUUUAACUGAUUUAGUUGAGGACCAAAACUAAACAUGUUACAGUAGUUAGAAUGGAAAAAAUACAUUCCUAUAUGUUGCUAUAUCUAGUGUCGUGACCCAGAAUAUCUGGGUGCCAUGUAUGUUUGAAACAUACAUUUUAGAGAGACAGAGCAGUUUAGCUGACUAUUUGAGUAGAGUAAAUUUCUGUAUGAAUAAUACAGAGGAAACAUUUGAGUUACUGAAUAUCAUAUAAUGAAGCUUUCAAAGAGAUGAUGCUUAUUAUUGCUAAAUCAUGUGGUAACUCAUUUUUAAUUAUGAAGUGCAUUUUAAAGAGCUGGGAUUAUUUGGGCAGGCUGUUGUCUCAUAACACAUGUUGUUUUCAGGUGUAAAAGAAUCGAAAGAUAUUUGUUAUUUUUACUACGUGAAGUAAAUCAUUGUUUGGAUUUAUUGAUGCUGUACAGAUAUAGUUUUACAUACUAAGCCUAUUUUUUAAGCCACUGAAUAUUACUGAUAUUUUUCAUAUGAAAAAGAUGAUGUUUAGCAGGUGCAAGCAUGAUGGGACGCGAUAAGAGUAGAAGUAAGAUGUUCUGAGAGAUGUUCAUUUCCACACGCUGUCUAAUCUUUUUCCAGGUCAUCUCCGCUGUUCGUUCGUCAAAUGCUUUGUCUGUUUGUAUUUAAAUGUUAACCUCAACAUAAAUACAAGAUUUACAAAUUACGACCAAAA